AUCACAACGUCAAAAAUGGCUGCCAAGUCAAAGAGGCGGCUGUCUAAAAUUGAAAAUAAAUUGUUAAAGUUAGAAUUAGAACUCAAAGAUGUUAUUUGUUCCAUUUGUCAGUCAAUUUUAAUAGAACCAGUGACUCUUCCAUGCUACCAUGACUUUUGUCAAAGUUGUUUUAAUGGAAGUAUAGAAAAUAAUGCUUUGUGUUGUCCUCUAUGUCGAUUAAGAAUUGGUUCUUGGGUUCGUACAGCGACAAAACAAAAGAACAUAGUAAAUAUUAAACUAUGGAAUUUCAUAAAAGAUAAAUUUGCAACAGAGGUUGAUAAGAAAGUUAAAGGAGAAGAUGUAGGACUGUCACCAGAAACAACUGUAACUCGUUUAAGUGAACCUGGUGAAAUUAGAUCUGAAUAUGAAGCUGAAUUAAAAAGACUUAGAUUAGAGAGACUGCGUCUUGAACAGAAACAUUUCCAAGAGACAGAGAUUCUUAUUGAAAAACUUCAUAAAGAAGAAGAAGAGGCACACAGAAAAUAUUUAGAAAACCUUAAACAAGAUGAGUUAUUGGCUAUAAAGUUGCAGCAAGAAAGUAAAAUAAAUAUAACUAUAUCCAAUAUGAUGAAGAAGAAGAAAACCUUGCCCACCAAACCUAGAUUAAAACCUACAACUAUUGACUGCUAUUUAACUAAACCAGUUGAAGCCUCAUUUUCUAAGGGAAGCCCCAUUUUGACUGACGAUAAUACAAGCACUAAUGACUCCAUACCUAUACUACCAUCCCACAAAACUAACAGUAGAUUAUCACCAGAAAUGUUACCUAGCUAUGGAAAGCUUCUAAAAAACUUUUUGGAUAAGGAACUUAAAACUGGCACUGUUCUAUGGAAUAAAGAGAAUGGUAAAAGAAAACUAAAAGAUAAGGAAGAACAGCCACCUUGUGGAAAAGAAAUAGAAAAGAAUAAUGAAAAAUGUCUUGUGAAAACGAGGAAUGGUAUGCAAUCAUUAGUUGUUUCUUUGCCAUUACCAUCGACUGGAUUACUGCAUCAUAAAUCUUCAAUGCCAGAAAAUAGAAAUAUAGAAACCGGGAGUGUUGAUUCUAUGAGACAAGAAUUGUGUUAUUUUAAACCUAUUGAAGGAAAUACUCCAACAAGUUUUACACCAAUCAAGGACCCCUUACGAAUACCAAGCAUCAAACCUGAUAAUAACCAAGCUCUGCCUCCAAAUAAUCCUUCACCAAGCAGAGCUCAGUUUUUGGAGGGUUUAUGUACACUAAGGAAUUUGUCUUUGGCUCACAGGCUGCCAUCUGCUUUUGUUAUCGCACUAGGAAUAUUACAAACCAACAAGGAGAUAUCAAAAAAUUAUGGAGCGACUACAAGAUCAAAGGCCAAGAAAAAUUCCACGUCAAAUCCUUGGGCGACACCAGCAGUGAACUCUCGACGUACUACAUACAAUCGAAAUAAACAAGUGGAUACUAUUGAAGGUAUAAGUAAAUUAAAUUCUGAAGUUUCACUAAGGCGGACCAGGUCGAUGGGGAGCAUCACUAAGGAUGACAAUGAAAUGACGCCAAAGAAGAAGGUCAAAGUGAAAAAAUUCAAUUCAGAACGAAAACCAUAUUUAAGGAGUGAUUCGAAGCGGAUACAGAAUAAUGAUUCGUGCAGCCCACCUACAGCAGCAACAAUUAAUAAUAAUGUGAAAUUAGCUCUUAAAAAUUUGUCUAGUCCAUUGAAAAAUUGUGAUGUGAAAAGCAUAUUAUGCGAGCAGCUUAGGAUUGAAAAAAUAAUAGAACAAGAGAAAAGUGACUUGGAGUUAGCACUGAAGAUGGACGCCGAGUUGAAUGGAAGACGAACGUUGAGGCGGACUGCAACCAAGCGCCAAGUAACGUUGAACUACGCUCUAAGACCUGCUAAGAAACUUAAAGUUUAAUGCAGCUACCUCAAUUUUUAAAGUUUUAGAUUUUACUGGUUAAUAGUAUUUAUUUCCUAUGACCGCCCCAUAAUUUGAAAAACGUGCAUAUAUAAUAAUUGAUGUCAAUGUAUAAUAAUAACACGAAAUUUUCAGUGUUACAAACUAUGAAACUUGUAUUUUUUUUUUCAAAUUCUUGUAAAUUUUGUUGUUUAAGCUAGAAAUAUUUUCUAAAUAAACCAGAACUCAUUAUUACAGUUAAUGUGAACACACUAUGAGUGUUGAUUUCUGUCUUCCGAGCCAUAGUUUUGAAUUAUAUUUACAUUUAUAACUGAUUGUGAAUAAAAGAAUUUUCAGUUAGCAUAACUGAAAAUCUUAUGAUCCCACAUGUGCAGAAUCAUUGACAUGUUGUGUGAAAAUACAUAGGAAAUAAAAUUACCCAUGAAAGUAAGUUAGUGAGUAAGGUAAAUAGAUCUCGUCAAUUUAAUCACUGUUUUAUGUUUUAGCUAAGACAUCUAAGAUGCAUUCAUAAAGACUACAUUUUUAUUUUAUAUAAUCAGUAGACAUACAAAUAAAAGAUAGUGGUUUUUGCUGUAAAUUAUAAUGUUUUAGCCUUAAUGAAGAAAUGUUUAUUUGUGCUGUUUGAUUUUGCAUGUUUUAUAAUUUCAUAAUAAUAAUAAUAAUUAAUAAAACAAUUUCUACAACAACUUUAAACCAAACACGGCCUUAUUUUGAGUAAAUAUAUUUUUCUACUUAAACACCUAAAAUUUUUUUUAAAAAGAAAAUAUUGUUUCAAUGUGUUAAAUUAUGCAUAUUAUUAAAAAAAAAACCCACUUUUGCAGUAAUUCUAACUGAAUUAUAAAUAGUUUUAAGGCCUACAUAUAAAUAAUUUUGAUUUUCAAUAUAAAAGUCAAGUUAUAAUUGACUAUAUUGGUCCUGGACAGUCCGAAUCUGCUUGCCUAGCUUUGCCCAUUAUUAUAACCUAUUGAAAUUUACAUAAACAAACAGUUCAUGACAUUAAACAUUAUCUUUGUGGAUUGCCAUACGAGUAUAAUAAGUGUUUUAUUAUAUUUAAUUGUUAGUUGUAUUCAAAAAUGCUUGCUGUGAUAUACUACAAGUGUUGAUAUUAAGAUAUUACUGAAUUAUUACUUUAGCAAAUGAGUGCUAUAUUGAAUAUUUUUCUUGAGUUGUUCGAUAUUGAAUUAAAAUGUAGCUUCAGGUGUAAAUAAAACUUUUAAUUGGUACCCGAUAUUAAAUGGAACAUCUAUAAAGAAUGCUUUAAAAAAUAAAA